AUGCUGCUUCAUAGUUCUGACUAUUUGACUGUAAACGUCGUGUGCAUCAUGGCAUCAGCGCUGCAAGUGUUUGCAGUGGAAGGCAUCACCCGCUCCAUCUUCUUUUAUCUGGAUCUGUCGAGUCUCGACUUCUUGUUGCACGUGUUCCAAGCGACGUCGGAGCUGCAGGGAUAUCUGCAGGACAGUGCGCUGUGGACGGAAUUGUCAAUUCUGCACUUCAAAGGCCAGCGUGACUUAGAGCUGCGGUUCUUGGCACUACCAACGCGAGAUCGAGGCUGGGAGUGGACAGUCAGAGAGCGCACAUGUGUGGAGCUACAGGAAUUUCUCCAGUCCAUGGACGAGCGGACGCAGUUCGACGGGACUGUCAAAAUUCUGGAAGGUGACAUUGGCUACAUAAACGGCAUCGACAGGCAACCUUUAGACGGUAUCGCGUCGUGGCCUGACUGA